AUGUCCGAUUCAAAGCAGAACAGUUACUCGGAUAUUAUUGACGAAGAAGAGCAUACUGCCUUUCUUGGUAAUGGUUCCCGACGCCGUGAGAAGCCAGAAUAUCGAGCCAAGGUGUCUUGGAUACUGUAUGCCGCUUUAUCUUUUACAUUGGUCCUCGUCGGAGGUGCAAUUGGCUACCAUUUAAGACCAUUUACAGGUGGUAGGGGCCUCACGUUUGCGGACACGUCCCAUCUCAAAAUUUACGACGGAAUUGAUUUCCCGCCUAUUCAACAACGCUUUAAUGGCUCCUUAUUCAAGAGAAGCCCAUACAGCGGUCCUCCAAGCCCCGAGAUGGACAAUACUUGGGGCCGUUAUACGGAAAUGGGAAGCAGUAUGUUGGUCAAGAUUGACAAAGAAUCAAUGCCGGAUUACCCGCCUAUACUGAACAUUUCAACAGACGAUGCGCGAGCAUCGACAAGCUAUUCGCUUGAGACGGCUGUUCAUCUCGAGGAAACGCAGAACAUUGGUUACAUGGCGAGCCUUGGUUUAUUUCACCAAAUUCACUGUGUGAACAUGCUCCGAAAGUUUAUCUACCUCGACUAUUACAAAGAAAAUACCCCUGAUUGGUUCUCACAGCCAUAUCUGCGAGGACAUGCAGUUCUGUUUCAAGAUCACUGCGUCGAUAUGAUUCGCGAAGCUAUCAUGUGUCACGGAGAUACAAGUCUAAUUGUCUAUCAUUGGGUCGAUGGCUACAAUGAUCCAGUUCCCGAUUUUAGCACCAUGUCCGCAGCUAAAUUUGCAUCUGUCUCAGCACACCUGUCGUAA